AUGUUGAAUCGUCCUUAUGGUUUUCGCCCAGGAUCAACUUUUAUGAUAUCCCAAGAUGACCCAGUAUCUUUACGUCCUUGGCAUGGAACUUCCGCCUCAUUCAGCAAGACAUUGUCAAUUUUUUAUACAAAAGAUUUUUUAUCGAAACAGUCGAAAUCUCUGAUUACUAAAAAUCUGUUACUGCCGAGCACAGUUUAUAAAGAGUCUCAGCUUGCAAAGCAAGCUCAAGCAAGACAAAGAGCAGCUCAGGAUAGACAAAUUGGCGAGAAAUGAGAAGAAAUAAUGAAAAAAGAGCUACAAAAUUACAAUGGAGUCAAAAUUAAAUACCAAGAAGCAGCCAAAAUUAUUCAAAAGCACGCAAGGCGUUUUUUAGCUACAUUAAAAACAGAAAAAUUGAUCCUUAAUCGAAGGAAACAAGAAGCUGCGUGAAGCAUUCAUGAUAUGGCGAAUCAAGCUGACAAAUGCUUAUUCUACUUAGGUUCACAUACUGUUGAGGUAAAAUUUAGUUAGGCUGCCAUUACAUUGCAAAGGGCUUUUAAACGCUUUUUAGUAAGAAAGCAUUUAUUUUUUAUGUUAUUAGUUUACUAUUUAAGCCCUGCUCCUUUAUUGCCUCAGCUUGGACUGACAGCUCUGAUUAACGGCAGAUGAGACAAGUCUAACUGCCGGCCUAAUUAUGUCCCUAAGUCGCAUAAACAUUAAAAAUGUCUGCAUGUGUCACCUGUCAUCUUGGCGCAACAGUUCAGACCUUAUGACUAUAGAGAACUGGAAGGACUCAGAAUCAAGAAUCAAGUGCAGCCUAGGGAUGCAUAUCCGAGCAGAUUUGGAUACCUUCCUAUGGUUGGAAAUGAAAUGCCCAUGGGUAUUCCUCUACCAAGAAACUGGGGGUUUCAGCCCAGGACACGGGGGAGCAGCCUUUUUCCUGUAGUUGCCGAAGGAAGGCACUUCAGCACCCAACAGACCCCAAGGCGCUAAUCCUUGGAUUCAAGUUAAUCCAAUCGCACAUCACGGAUGCAGAAAUGGAUUAGCGGCCUACUCAAGAGCCGCAAGGAGGAGACAGAAGGUACUUGAAGCGGUAUCCGCCUUCGAGGGAAAGAACCUCUGGGAGAGUAGAAAAGCGGUUGAACCUUCCGUUUGGAGGUCUUAGUGACUGCAUCACCAACAUUGGCUAAUGCCUGACUUUAAUUAGCCUAGCCUAACCUCUAAGGACCUCUCCUUUUAAACCAGUCUUAAUUUAAAAUACUACUUUUUAAGCCGAGACUCUAAGGAGUCGAGGAAUUCUCUCAUUGAGCUUCGGUUGUAGGACGGUGGCCCUACCCCCCCAAAUGCCAUUUUAAAUUAUGAAGUAUUUAUUAAUUUUACGUCGAUGCUAUGACUUAUUCUGUAGUGAUAAAGAAGAAAAAGCAUCGAGGAUUCUUAGAAGGGCACUAAGGUCAAUCUUAUGCAAGCAGAAAGUGAAGUAUUUAAAAUUUCUUAAACACAGAGAAAAAAGAUUAGUAGAAAUCAAAGAAAAAAUUGCAAUUUUAUCGAUAAAAAAGUUUUGAAGAAGUAAAAGAUUAACCUUUAUCAUUAUAAAGAAAAGACUCCAAAGGAUUAAACAAAGAAAAGCUGCAAUGCAAAAUAAAGAAAUGUAUCAGAAAUACCUAGCCUCCCUUAAUAAGACUAAUAACAGAGCUCCAAGCCCCACAAGGCUUACAGAAUCGCCUAAUAAAAACGAACUAGAAAAUAAGGAUGAUAUUACAGAUGAAAGUUUAGAAAAGAAGGACGAAGAAAGGCCUGAUGGAAUUUCAGAAGACGAAUUUAAGGAAGCCAAAAGGAUCCAAGCAGAAAUACAAAAAAGAUAUAAAGAAAAAGUCAGAAAAGGGAAAAUUUCACAUUCAGUUGACCCAAAUUUGAAAGAAGUGACAGUUUUACCUGUUAUGCAAGAAAGAGCAAUAAAGGAGACAUUUGAAGUCCAUCCUGAAACUGAUGUGGAAAGUAGGCUUCACUUAUCCACAGCUUGCGUGUUUGCAAAAGGGAGAAGCUUGAGCCGAGAUUAUCGGCCAAAGACAAGAAAUCUCUUGAUUUUUUCUCCUCCAGUUGUAGGAAAUCGCGCUAUCACUGGAGGAAGACUUCUCCCUCCUAUUCAGCUAACCCAAGUUAACGAUAUUCCGCUAUCCAGCAAAACUCCUUAUCAUUUACCAUCUGAAGUUGAGCACGCAAAUUUCAUGGCAUCCACUAUUUCUUUUAUGACAAAAAUUGAUACCCAUGAUGACUACAUACCCAAAAAAUCCUCCAGAAAUAGAACUAAAAGCCCAAGAAACCUAAAAGUCAAACUAGAAGCCCUCAAAGAAAAGAGAAAAAUCAGAAAAUUAAGCGGCGGACCUAUAUGAAUUCCAGCAGCUUCAUUCGAGAACCAAUAUACACUUGGGCUUGACAACGCAGCAUUCACGCCCAAAAUUUGGAAGCCGCUUCCUCUUGAUAAAGCUUUAUUUGAUGCGUCAACUUCUCCUUCAGUUGAGCGCAGGUCUCAUAAUUCUUCAGAUAUGGGGGUUUUAUAA